AUGCCACUCUAUGCCAAGUUUCUAAAGGAGCUCAUGACAAGGAAAAGAAACUGGGGAGAAAAGGAAACUGUGUUGCUCAUUGAGGAAUGUAGUGCCAUCAUACAAAAGAAGAUUCCCCAAAAAAUGAAAGAUCCUGGGAGCUUCCGAAUUCCUUGCAUCAUAGGGGAUAUAAGCAUUGAGAAGGCAUUAUGUGAUCUGGGAGCUAGCAUCAACCUCAUGUCCUUGGCCAUGAUAAAGAGAAUGAGGAUUGAAGAGGCCAAACCAACAAGAAUGGCACUUCAAUUCGCUAAUAGAACAUUCAAGUUCCCUCAUGGAGUGGUGGAAGAUUUGUUGGUGAAAGUGGGAGAGUUUAUCUUCCUAGCUGAUUUUGUAGUGCUUGAUAUGGAGGAAGAGGCUAACAUAUCAAUUAUCUUAGAAAGACCAUUCUUAGCCACUGCUAGAGCUAUAAUUGAUGUACAAAAGGGAUAG